ACCACUCGAAUGGAAGGGCAGAUUUUUCUGAGGCGACCUGUCCAAGUUGAUGCUUGCACCUGUGGCAGAGUUCAAAAUGUGCAACAUAAGGUGAUUUGACAUCUGACAUUCAUCUGCGAGUGAGUUUUUUUUUCUUUAACUGCAAACCUCUGGAUUCCAGUGAGAGCACUUCACAGCCCUGUUGAUUGGAGUAUUGUUUGAUAAUGAGGCGGGAUGUGACGUGAGGAGAAGUCAUGGAUUUUGCACGGAGGGUUUGGCACUUCCUUCAUCUAAAACCCCAAGAACUUAACUCUGGAGGCGAUGCUGUAAAUCUCAGAGUUUCACAUCUGUAAGUAAAUUCUAGUACAGGAGAAUCAGGAUGAAAAGAUGGCAGCCAUGCUGUUACCAACGGGUCCUGAUGGCUUGCGGCGGUUCACUCGCGAAUCCUUGGCUGCCCUCGAGCAGCGGAUUGCGGAGGACCAGGCCAAGAACGUCAAGGAUUUCCAGACGGAUCACGGGAACAACGUGGAGCAGCCCAAACCCAGGGCCGACGUGGAGGCGGGCAAGCAGCUCCCGCGCAUCUAUGGUGACAUCCCUGCAGGGCUUGUCGGGGUGCCACUGGAAGACAUUGAUCCUUACUACUUCAAGAACCACAGGACUUUUAUAGUACUUAACAAAGGGAAGGCCAUCUUCCGAUUCAGUGCCACGUCUGCGCUUUAUAUAAUUAGUCCAUUUCACUUCAUCAGAUCAAUCGCCAUAAAAAUUUUAGUCCAUUCAUUGUUCAGCCUGUUCAUCAUGUGCACUAUAUUGACCAACUGUUGUUUCAUGGCCAUGUCUGAUCCGGCACCAUGGACCAAGUACCUAGAGUAUACAUUCACCGGCAUUUACACUUUCGAGUCGGCAAUAAAGAUUUUAGCGAGGGGGUUCUGUGUGGGCCCGUUCACCUUCUUGAGAGACCCGUGGAACUGGCUGGACUUUUCGGUCAUCGUCAUGGCGUAUGUGACAGAGUUUGUAGACCUCGGCAACGUCUCUGCACUAAGGACUUUCAGAGUCCUACGAGCGCUGAAAACCAUCUCUGUUAUCCCAGGUCUGAAGACCAUUGUCGGUGCCCUGAUCCAGUCUGUGAAGAAGCUGGCGGACGUGAUGAUCCUGACCGUCUUCUGUCUCAGUGUGUUCGCCCUCAUUGGCCUGCAGCUUUUCAUGGGCAUCCUGCGACAGAAGUGCAUCCGCAGCCUCUCCCACUGCGUCAACUCGUCCUUCAAUCCCAAUGAAACCUUCGUCUGCAACAACAGAACCUGGAGCUCCAGGGCGGAUUUCCUCACCAACGAAGAUAAUUUUUACAAACUUGAAGGAGCAAAGGAUGCCUUAAUAUGUGGAUACGGAAGUGAUGCAGGGAAAUGUCCAGAUGGGUUUGAUUGCCUAAAAUUGGGAAGGAAUCCUAAUUAUGGCUACACCAGUUUUGACACCUUCGGCUGGGCUUUCCUGGCUCUUUUCCGGCUCAUGACACAAGACUACUGGGAAAAACUGUUUCACCAGACUCUGCGCUCAGCUGGGAAGACCUACAUGGUGUUCUUUGUGCUGGUUAUCUUCCUGGGCUCCUUCUACCUGGUCAACCUGAUCCUGGCUGUAGUGGCCAUGGCCUACGAAGAGCAGAAUCAGGCCACCAUCGCCGAGGCCUGGCAGAAAGAGAGGGAGUUUCAGCUGGCCAUGGAGCACCUACGCACAGAGCAAAGAUUGGCAGCGAAACGACAGGCGCAGGCACAGGAGACGGACUCCGUGCUCUCUCCAGAGUUGUCUCCGUUCUGUAUGAAGAUGGGCAGCAUACGGCGGAGCAGCAGGAGGAGGAGAUCUCACAGGACGCUGUCAGAGGAGACAGCAGAGGAGGCUGCCGAAGACAAAUCUGACCCUUUGGAUGAGCCAAUGCCUCCUCUGUCUCCCAUGCCCGUCCACCCUCUCCUGGCCACGCUCUCCUCCCAUCCCCUCAGCACCCGCAGAGGGAGCCAGAACAGUAUCUUCAGCUCUUUCCGGGCCCGCAACAACUCGGAGGCUGACUUUGGGGACGACGAGUACAGCGUUCAUGGGGACUUCAUGAGGAGUCGCACCAAUUCAACAGUCACUCCCUGGAAGAAGAGGACGGGCAGCGUGAGGAGCCACUGCUCCCAAGUCUUCACCCCGAGUCUCAACAUCAACGGCCGACUCAACAUUUCCCUGGACCAAAACGGAGUCACCACAGUGGGGCUACACACCCCCACCUCCAUGCCCGCUUACAGUAUGGAGAAGGUCAAGGAGGACACGGAGCCUGUCUCUGUGGAGGAGACAAGUCCCAGAUCUGCGCUGCAGCCUUCCCCUUCAGUGACUGAGCCUCCACCGCUGCACAGGAGGAGAGGGCUGAGCUCCGUCAGCUUCCUCAGCGAUGCCAUGGAUGAGCUGGAGGAGUCGAGGCAGAAGUGCCAUCCCUGCUGGUACACAUUUGCCAAGAGAUACCUGAUAUGGGACUGCUGCCCCUGGUGGCUGAAGCUGAAGGAGUGUGUGAAGUUCAUGGUAAUGGAUCCUUUCCUGGAUCUGGGCAUCACCAUAUGCAUUGUCCUGAACACCCUCUUCAUGGCCCUGGAGCACUACCCCAUGACUGAUGAGUUCAAUGGGAUGCUCUCAGUGGGCAAUCUGGUGUUCACAGGGAUCUUUACAGCUGAGAUGGUGCUGAAGUUGAUUGCCCUCGACCCGUACUACUACUUCCAGCAGGGCUGGAACAUCUUUGAUGGCAUCAUCGUUUGUCUCAGUCUGAUGGAGUUAGGCCUCUCCAAUGUUGAGGGGCUGUCUGUCCUGCGCUCCUUCAGACUGCUGAGAGUCUUCAAGCUGGCAAAGUCCUGGCCCACUCUCAACACCCUCAUCAAGAUCAUCGGUAACUCCGUGGGCGCCCUGGGCAACUUGACGCUGGUGUUGGCCAUCAUCGUCUUCAUCUUCGCUGUGGUGGGCAUGCAGCUGUUUGGCAAGAACUACCAGGACUGUGUGUGUAAGAUCUCCAUAGACUGCCAGCUGCCCCGCUGGCACAUGAAGGACUUCUUCCACUCCUUCCUGAUUGUGUUCCGGGUGCUGUGCGGGGAGUGGAUCGAGACCAUGUGGGACUGUAUGGAGGUGGCCGGGCAGCCUCUCUGCAUCCUGGUCUUCAUGUUGGUCAUGGUCAUAGGGAACUUGGUGGUGCUGAAUCUGUUUCUGGCUCUGCUGCUCAGCUCCUUCAGCUCGGACAACCUCUCCGCUCCUGACGAGGACGGCGAUUUAAAUAACAUCCAGAUCGCUGUUGCCCGCAUCCACUCUGGUGUCACCUGGCUCAGCACGAGCAUCGCUGACCUCUUCAAUGGCAGCUGGAGGCAGCGGCAGCAGAAGACCAGCCAGUCCAUCAAGCUGGUCGCCAACCACGUGGAGUGCAACGGGGGGAUUUUGGGGCGCUAUGGGGAGAAGUGCAUCACAGCAGAGGAGGACAGCUACAUGACCAACCCCAACCUGACCGUCAUCGUUCCCAUCGCUCCUGGAGAAUCAGAUGUGGAGUUUAUUGAGGAGGAGGAGAUUUCGGAGUCAUCAGAGGACGAGGAAAACAAACCGGAGAAGGUCAGCCUCUCAGAGGGCAGCACGGUGGAUUUGAGGAAGCCCGGGGAGGAGAUGGACAAUUUCUCUGAGCUGGCAGAAGAGACCAUGGAGCCAGAGGAGUGCUUCCCCGAAUUCUGUGUGAGGCACUGUCGCUGCUGUGACGUGGACAUCAGCCACGGCCUGGGCCAGGCCUGGUGGAGGCUGAGGAAGACCUGCUACCAGAUCGUAGAGCACAGCUGGUUUGAGACCUUCAUCAUCUUCAUGAUCCUGCUCAGCAGCGGCGCUCUGGCGUUUGAAGACAUCUACAUCGAGAAGAGGAAGGUGAUAAAGGUGAUGUUGGAAUAUGCCGACAAGAUCUUCUCCUACAUCUUCGUGCUGGAGAUGUUCCUCAAGUGGAUUGCCUACGGCUUCAAGAAAUAUUUCACCAACUACUGGUGCUGGCUUGACUUUCUUAUUGUGGACGUGUCUUUGAUAAGCCUGGUAGCAAAUUCUCUGGGCUAUUCUGACUUUGCUGCCAUCAAGUCCCUGCGGACGCUCCGGGCUUUGAGGCCUUUACGAGCGCUGUCCAGAUUUGAGGGCAUGCGGGUGGUGGUGAACGCUCUUAUCGGAGCCAUCCCCUCCAUCAUGAACGUGCUGCUGGUGUGCCUCAUCUUCUGGCUCAUCUUCAGCAUCAUGGGAGUCAACCUGUUUGCCGGCAAGUUUGGGAAGUGUGUGAACCGGACCGGCUUCAUCCACAACGCCUCGAUAGUCAACAACAAGUCCGACUGCCAGGCCAUGAACGACACCCAGUUCUACUGGACAAAAGUGAAGGUCAACUUCGACAACGUUGGACUCGGCUACCUCUCCCUUCUGCAAGUGGCUACAUUUAAAGGAUGGAUGGAAAUAAUGCACGCAGCUGUUGACUCAAGAGGAGUGGAAGAACAGCCCAUCAGAGAAAUCAACCUCUACAUGUACCUAUACUUUGUCAUCUUCAUCAUAUUUGGCUCCUUCUUCACCCUCAAUCUCUUCAUUGGUGUCAUUAUUGACAAUUUCAAUCAGCAGAAAAGAAAGUUAGGUGGACAGGAUAUCUUCAUGACUGAGGAACAGAAGAAGUACUACAAUGCAAUGAAGAAGUUAGGAAGUAAAAAGCCUCAGAAGCCCAUUCCGAGGCCUGCGAAUAUUCUCCAAGCCUUCUUCUUUGACCUGGUGUCCAAGCAAGCCUUCGACAUCAUGAUCAUGAUGCUCAUCAUCGUCAACAUGGUGACCAUGAUGGUGGAGACCGAUGAGCAGUCACAGCGCAUGGAGUCGAUCCUCAACAAGAUCAAUCUGGUUUUCAUUGUUAUCUUCACCACCGAAUGCCUCAUCAAGAUCGUUGCCCUCCGUUGCUAUUUCUUCACCGUCGGGUGGAACAUCUUUGACUUUGUGGUGAUAAUUCUGUCCAUCGUUGGGAUUGUUCUUGCUGACAUCAUUGAGAAAUACUUUGUCUCUCCAACCCUCUUUCGAGUCAUCAGACUGGCGAGGAUAGGACGUGUACUUCGACUUAUACGUGCAGCCAAAGGAAUAAGGACUUUACUAUUUGCCUUAAUGAUGUCCAUGCCAGCACUGUUCAACAUUGGCCUCCUGCUUUUCCUAGUCAUGUUCAUCUACGCUAUUUUUGGUAUGGCGAACUUUGCCUAUGUGAAAAAGCAAGAUGGGGUUGACGACAUGUUUAACUUUGAGACCUUUGGGAAUAGUAUGAUCUGCCUUUUUCAGAUCAGCACGUCUGCAGGCUGGGACAACCUGCUGAGCCCCAUCAUGUCCAACUCCCCAGAGGAGUGUGACGUAAACUUUGUCAAUACCGGCACAAACACCCGGGGAAACUGUGGCAGCCCCUCGGUGGGCAUCGCUUUCUUUGUCAGUUACAUUAUCAUUUCCUUCCUCAUCGUGGUAAAUAUGUACAUAGCUAUAAUUCUGGAGAACUUCAGCGUUGCCACGGAGGAGAGCACAGAGCCGCUGAGCGAGGACGACUUUGAGAUGUUUUACGAGGUGUGGGAGAAGUUUGACUCUGAGGCCACCCAGUUCAUUGAGUUCUCCAUGCUCUCGAGCUUCGCUGACACUCUGUCCGAGCCGCUGCGCAUCGCCAAGCCCAACAAGAUCAAGCUGAUCUCCAUGGACCUUCCCAUGGUCAGCGGAGACAAGAUCCACUGUCUGGACAUCCUGUUUGCCUUCACAAAGCGCGUCCUGGGGGAGUCGGGCGAGAUGGACGCCCUCAAGCAGCAGAUGGAAGAGAAGUUCAUGAUAGCGAACCCGUCCAAGAUCUCCCACGAGCCCAUCACUUCCACGCUGCGCCGCAAACAGGAAGAAGUGUCCGCCAUCGUGAUCCAGAGGUGUUACAGGAGGCAUCUGGUGCGCCGGCAGAUGAAGCAGGCAUCUUACAUCUACAGACAAAUAAACCACGAGACUGUGGUGGAUGUGGAGAAUGCUCCGGAAAAGGAGGGUCUCAUAGCCUGCAUGAUGCAGGAGAACUACGGCUCCACAGGGGUGGAGGGUGCAAAGACAGCAGAGGCCACCCUGACGUCCUCACCGCCAUCUUAUGACAGCGUGACCAGGGCGGCGAGUGACUUCUCUCACAUGGUCAGGUCUAUAUCCAGAGACUCCGACUUCGGGGAGCCGGGCCCCUCAAGCGAAAACUAUGAGGAGACUUUUCUUUGAGACUUGACGGUGUGGAGUGUCUGUGUGGAGUUUUCUUUUUGUCUGUUUUGUUUACAGCAGGAAAAAAAAUGCUCAAAACAACUCCUGGUCACAGAGAUAAUCAAUUUUAUAUUGGCAGAUACCAAGGAAAUAUGCAAUCUAUUUAUUUAUUUUGUACCUAACUCACAGCCUCGAUUGAGCAACCCAGGUAUCAACCAUAUUAGAUAAACAGACAAUCCCCAUUCCAGAAAAGGUACGAUGGGCCUCUUCGCUUCUUUCUUGCACCGGGAUAUGUCAUUCCAGAAACAAUUUGAUGCACACUAUAUCAUUAUCUACCUAUAGAUAACAUGAAUAGCCGACGGUAUAUGCACUGACUGAUAAUAUGAGUUUCUUACACAUUAAUAACACCUGCACAACAUUAGGCCUACAGGACACCUUACUAUACUGCAUCCUUAUUUCAGUUUUUAUUACCAAAUGUAACAUUAUAGGUAAUUUGCAAGGGUUUGUAAUUUGUUUUUUUCGGACAUACACACCAUAACUUAUCCAGACAUGCCACCUAAAAAAGUCUUUAAUGACAAGCAGUUUAUUUCUUAUUGAUAGCAAACAUUUUGACAUUGACAUUUUCUGUCUGAGCUAGAAAGUAAUAGACUUUUUCAACUUUUGCAAGCGAUGUGGCUACCUAAUACGCUAAUUAUCAGGGUGUUAAUUAGCUGGUAAUUAAUAACUAGUACAUCAGUGAUCUGAUAAGCCAAGAGUAGCUAUUUGGCUCAACUAUAAGCACAACUUCAAAGCAAAGCAGAGAGUAAGGAGCAUGUUGAAUGACUGGUAAUAUAAAGGGAUGGAGGAUAUAACAAAAAGCUGACAUAAGGAAUCAGUAUUCAUAAAUGUGCUAGGUAGCAGCUAUGAAGCUCCUACGCAGGUGUCAUUAAAUUUGUUCACUGGAUUUGUUUGAUUCAUGCAUUCAUGUUUCCGGUUCAUCAGUUAUUCAGGCUCAUGUUGAUAAAUGUUACUGUAUGUUUUACUAGACCUUUUGUCACAGCGGCCAUUUUGACAUGAGAUAGCAGGGUAAACACUGGUCUUAAUGAUGACCUUCAUUAAUGCUGCCAGAGGCUUUUGCUGAUCCUGCAUGCACAGAGCCAGGGACCUGAACCUGCAUUCAUGUCAUCAGUAACACCUGUGUUUACCCUGCUAUUUCAUGUCAAAAUGGCUGCUGUGGAAAAAAAAAAAAUCAACUCAAUUUGACAUUGCUGAAAUUGUAAUAAUUAAGCAUACACUUUAUUUAAAAGAGGUUUGUAUUUCAGGAACUCUAACUGAUAAUCUGUUGAAGUCUAAUAUUACGGGACUGUUUUUUGAUUUGUCAUUUUUGUCCUCUGAUGAGUGAAAUUGAUCAUUUUAAUAGUGAUUUCUGAUUGAAUGAAGGUCUUUUUGUACGUGAUGAUAAACUCUCUUUGCUGGUUAAAAUGGCAUUAAGCAUUUCACGAAAAUAUGAUGCGAAAAAUCAUCCCUUUUCAGCAUCUGUAUGUUGCUGUCAUAAAAAAGUACAGUUCACAGUUAUCUUGUCAAACAUUGGAUUGUUUUAACUAUAAUUUGUGUGUCAAACACAGAGAAGGGCUGUGCAUACUAAUAAUCCCAGAAUUAUGUGCCUGAUUUUGAUUGUUGUCCGCACACUCAUUAUAUGAAUCCCCUUAGACCGUUUAAUUUGAUUUGAUGGAUGUGGAUUGGAAUAGCAUGAAUGCACUAUGCUCAUUUUGUAAUUAUCUGUGUAAAGAGCUUUGGAGCUGUAUAUGUAAGACUAAUUUUUACCUAAUUUUUGUAAUGUAUUUAUAUGGAGAGACUGUUUCAGUUACACUCAUGACAGCCAUAAGGAAAAUAACCAGAAUCAUCAAAUUAUAUAUAUAUGUUAGGCUAUGUUAUUUAUUUAUUAUUAUUUUUUAAUAUAAAAGACUAUAAGAUUUUCCUUGAGAACCUGUUUGUCUGUAUUAGGUUGGUCAUUUCAUGGAUCACAUUCUCAAGUGGUAAUAAAACUUUUUUCCAUA